UGACUCAAUUUUUGGAUCUCAUUUUCAUGACAACGCGAUUGUUGCCAGGCGAGCUUCGGGUAUAAAAGGGAGCCGCGGACGGUCCACAGCAACAUCGAGACCUCAGGGGAAGCAGCAGCAGCAGCUCCGGUUAGCAACAACUGAAACAUUCGUCCACAAUGGGCCGGAUCAUCUUCUAUGAGGACAAGAACUUCCAGGGUCGCCGCUAUGAGUGUGACAGCGACUGCUCCGACUUCCACGCCUACCUGAGCCGCUGCAACUCCUGCCGGGUGGAGAGCGGGUCUUGGGUGGUCUACGAGAGGCCCAACUACAUGGGCUACCAGUACGUCCUGACCCGAGGGGAGUACCCGGAGUACCAGCGCUGGAUGGGCCUCAACGACAGACUCAGCUCCUGCAAGAUGAUCCACUUUACCAGCGGUGGCCCCUACAAGGUGCAGCUGUAUGAGAAGGCAGACUUUGGCGGUCAGGCCUACGAGGCCACGGAGGACUGCCCCUCCAUCCUGGAGAAGUUCCGCUGGAGGGGGGUCAACUCCUGCAAGGUCUACGACGGCUGGUGGGUCUUCUACGAGCACCCCAACUACCGCGGACGCCAGUACUUCCUGGAGAAGGGCGAGUACCGCAAGCCCGGAGACUGGGGCGCCGUGGGCCCCGCUGUCCAGUCCUUCCGACGCUUCAACGAAUGAUCCAUCCGAGCAGAACCACACACUUUGUGACGAAGAGAUGAUUUGAAUUUUUUUUUAGUGGUUUUGAACUGAGGUCAAAUAAAAACUGUCCUGUGAGCAUCUCAA